AUGGAAAAUGCAAGGUUCAAUAAUAACAUAGAUGGUGAAGAAGCACCAUUUGAAUUUAAGAAUUUACUCUCUGAAAUGUUCACAUCUUUCCCUAAUCAAAAUCCAAGCAGUUCUUCAUUACUGGAAAUUCCCAAAAGUACUGCUUUGUCUUCUCCUUCUUCUACUUCAACUAAUUCUUCUUCUUCAUCACAGAAUAUUAUUUCUUUUGGAAGUCUAGACUCUAAUUUUCUAGAGGAUGAAGAUUAUGACAAAACCAGCAGCAUAUAUUCAUCAAUAUCAGUGACUAAGAGGAUAUGUAGAACUCCUUUGCAAUCUCAAGAUCAUCUUUUGGCUGAAAGGAAAGGCAGAGAAAGGUUUUCCCAACUUUUUGCUGUCUUGGCCAAAACUAUACCUGGCCUCAAGAAGUUGGACAAAGCUUCAAUUCUUGAAGAUGCUAUCAAGUACAUAGGAGAACUUCAAGAACGUGUUAGGGGUUUAGAGGAAGGUGCAGCUGGGACAAACAGAAACAGAAAUUCAAUUGGCACAGCACAAAAACAAUAUUCUUUGGCAACUACAUCACAUGAUGACAACUCUUUUCUCACUAAGAAUGUUGAUGAAUCCAAACCUGGGAUUAAUGAUAUAAAGGUUCAAAUUAUGGACAAGAACGUACUCAUAGGAAUCCAUUGCAGCAAGCAAAUGAGGAGUAGCUUCUCAAUAAUUGCUGGAAUAAUGGAGAAGCUACAUCUUACUAUUCACCACAUUAGAGUUACCCCAACCAGUCAUACUUCUCUUCAUUAUAUCUCCAUUCUUGCCGAGAUAGAUCAGAAUGUUGAUACUAAAGUGCAGGAUGUUGAAACGGCAUUCGAGUUAGCUCUUCUAAGUACAGCAAAUAUGACAGACCAGGCAGACGAAGUUAGAAGAACCCUUUGA